GGGGAGGAGGAGAGGAGGAGGAGUGAGGAGGAGGGAGGAGAGGAGGAGAGGCCGAGUCGUCGUUGCAGGUCGGAUGCGCGCCCGUCUUCUCGGAGAGCCUCCGCGCUCGAGCAAAACCCGCCGCGCCGCCGGGCUCUCUCGGACCCCGCCCCUCCGCGCGCGCGGGCGCGCGCGCCAGGUGCAGGCCGCCCCGGCGAACGGCGCCGGCAAAACUGGCGCACACCUGCGCGACUCUCGGCGGCGCGCACAAAGAGAGCAAAAGACUGGGAGGAGGAGGAGGAGCAGGGGGAGGAGGAGGAGGAGGAGGAGGACGGGUCGCCUAUGCCCUUCGGAGAAACCCUCUGCGCCCACCCCUCCACUACGCAACGCCCGAAGAGGCUCUCCGCCUCAGCCGCCGGCCUGGUGCAGGCCGCCGGCCCCCCGCGAACGGCGCGGGGACAAAAUGGUGGUUCGCACCUCGGGCGGCCUGUGCAGAGCACGGCGCAGGAGUGGGGAGACGCUUUGCAAGCCAGAUCGGCCCCGCUCGCGAACCUCUUGGCGAGCGGGCAGGUGGGCGGCUGCCAGACGCGGUCCUGGCCGAGGGUGCCCCCCCCCUGCCACUCGGCUGUCCUGGGGCCCCUGCUGGGGGGCCGCAGCCCGUCUGAAGGCCCCCCGGGGGAGAGGCUGGGGGCCGCUUGGGGGGGGGGGGGCAGGGCCGCCUCUGGCAGUGGCCGCAGCGCGGGGGGCGAGCGCCGGCAGGCCGCGCAGCUCGGAGCGGCAUUCCAGGAGCAGCGGUGCCACGGCCGCCGCCCUCCAGGCUGCAGUGCAGCAGGCGCGCGGAUGCAAGGGCGGGCGCGUGCCCACGGGCUGCGCGAGUGCUGCAGGGCGGGGGAGAAGGAGGACGACGACUACGACGGACGCAAGAGGAGGGAGGACGACCUCGAGUCAAGCCAGCGGUCUAUUGUAGGCCGCCGCAGGCGAAGGGCGCGCGAGCAAAGAGGCUCGCAGCUGGACGAUGUCUGCACUAUCCAGCGCAAGGAGGUAAGGAGACACUCUAUAAAGAGAUCGCGCCCGCUGGCGGAUUCCGCGGGGAUGGCCAGUGUCAGUCGCCCCCCAUAGAUAUGGCGUUGAUAUCGCAGCUACCCUGGGCUGCAGGGAGGUCGAAGAUCCGAGGAGCUCGAGCUCGCAGCGGCGCUGGAUGCCCAGUCGGGGGGGAAAAAAAACACCUGGGCGCGGGGGCCGGGCAGAGGGCAGCGGCAAGCUGCCAUCCAAAGCCAGCCAUACGUGGCCGCUAGAGAAGGCCACCAGAAGUUACCUGAGGAUCUCUGGGGCCAUCGGAUCUGAGGGCCCUCACCCUCAGCAUGCUACAAAAGCCCGAGACUGGACGUCGCAUCGGGAGACUGUCAGAAGGGAGAGGGGCUGUACGCCCGCCUCGACCCCCUGGCGGCGUCGUGAGAAGGCCACGAUGGCAGGCGCGGCAUCUAUAAUUUGGGACUCCUCCUGCCGCCCCCUCCCCCCCUGACUACCCCGCGGCAUCCAGAGGCCCGGCCUGAGGCCAUCACUGGCCAUCGCUCGGACGUCCA